GUCUUUUAUUGUUGUAGUUUUGGUCGCCGGUCUGAGAAGCAGCGAAAAUCCAAAGCCAACAACAAUAAUGUCGAUGCACUUUGGCGAUGAGAGUGUGGGACUGAGCUGGGACAGGCAGCAGCAGCACCAGCACCAGCAGCAGUCGCACCUCAGCAACCGCGCGUCCGCUGCGAGCGACCUCGAGCAAGAGCCAGAGGAGGUCGUCCUCGACUCGCGCAGGACAUUCUACGUCCACGACACACUCGCAUGCCCGCGCGAGGAGGACCCGAAGGAAGACCAGAUCCUCUUCUUCCAUCCAGCAGAGCUGCCAAUGAUGAAGCAGGUUGCGCUGAUGGACGGAAUCGAGGGAUUUUCAACAUUCGUCAAGGAGUUUGGCAUGUCACCGCCCAAAGUCAUCACGCUGGAGCACGAGAAGGCUGCAUGCAUGCACGUCGGGCAAUACACUCUGAGCCUGUGCGCUCCCCCAGAAGAACCAGACACUUCGCUGAUCAACCAGUUGCACAACUUGUACUCUGCAUUCGUGUUUCUGCAUGGAUCGUUUGAUCGCGUUUUAAAAAAAGCGAAAAACGACAAGUUGAAAUUCCGUGAAGACAUUCGCAACAUUUGGAAGCGCUUGACUCCGUUGAUUCGACGAACGGACACCAUGAGCUUUACCUUCCAGCCAGUUCGCUUUACCGAGCUGAAGCGGAGCGCAAACCGACACUUUAUCGCUGCUUCGCAAAUUCUGCAAAUGGUCAAGCAUCGCUCUGGCGUGCUCUCUGGCUGCAUCUUUUUCAACAAAACAAUUCUUUGCUCUCACUUGGACCCCGCCACCACCUUCUGGAUUCACUUACUCUAUGAUAUUAUUCAUCCCUACGCAUCGCUUGGGGACGUCGAGUCCACACACCAGCUCAUGCCCGUGUAUCUCAAGAAAGACAUCAUGACUCAAUUGCGAGUGGGAGCAAGAAAGACUCCUGAAGCCAAAGCAGGGUCGACACGCAUCCCAGAGGAUUUCGCGCCCGACGAACAUGGCGAGUACGUUGGCUUGUACCUCCAGGUGCUUCCUCGAUCGACCUUGGUUGUGGUGAUGGAGCUGGCCGCGAUCUAUGACCUGGAUUUGAUCCACGACAUGACUGAAUCGUUCGUUCCACGCCUCAAACGUCUCGAAGAGCAAGUCUCGAAGGCCACGGAAGCAGGAAAUAUCGACGCCGUUGACUGGCAAAGCUUCAUGGUGUUCGACCGAGUGGAUCGUUCCAUUCACUUGCCUCCUCCUGCUCCGACGGAAGAGCUUCAGCUGGCCUUCCAAUCCGGCGUGAGCUUGUUGCACGAGUCUUUUGAGAACAACGACAAGAUUACAGCUCAAAUUCUCUGCAAUCCUGUUGGAGCCAUGUACAGCAGCAAGUGCUUUGGUCGCGAAACCUAUCUUCAAAUCCCUGGCGGCGAGUUUACGAUCGGACCAGAGUUGCUGGACAUGUCUCGGUUGGAGCCAGCCGUGGCCCAUCGCCUGUCCAGUGAGCAUCAAAUCUCUCUGCCUUAGACGAGCACUUUGUUGCUACUAUGCAGUGGAGAGUGAUUUGCACAGAAACCAAGCCUUCAAUUCCUGCAAUACAUAUUUUUUUUGUUUG